ACUCAAAAAAGAAAGUCCACACAAGAAAGAGAGAUUAGAUCAAAUGGCGUUUGAAGCUCUUACCGGAAUCAAUGGUGAUCAUAUCACCAAUUCAUGGAUAGCUUCCAAGAGAGCUUACCAAACCGAGCCCUUUAUCAGAUACGAAGCAGGGGGAACCGUGUAUUUCUCCUUCCGACCAUCUUUCACGGCGGAAGCUUAUUUCGCUACGGGUAAUAAAUCUCCCUUUGGAGAAAUUAAGAUGAAUCGUGUUGAGUUUCCUUGUAUGAGAAGCAUCGGCAACGACGUUGACGCUACUGUCAACGAAGCUUUCCUCAAGAAUCUUCAAGUUCUCAUUGCUCCAACAACCUCAUUUCAUGAUUCUGUGAAAAGCGCGGUUGAUAGAAGACAGCAGAUUGUGUUCACAGGACAUUCUUUAGGAGGAGCAACUGCGAUUUUAGCAACAGUUUGGUAUUUGGAGAAAUACUUAAUACGCAGUCCGAAUGAUGUCCCUGAGCCUCGUUGUGUGACAUUUGGAGCUCCUUUGGUUGGUGACUAUAUCUUCAAGCACGCACUUGGGAGAGAGGACUGGAGCCGUUUCUUUGUGAACUUUGUCACAAGAUUCGAUAUUGUCCCUCGGAUAAUGCUAUCUCGGAAGGCAUCAAUAGAGCAAACCAUGCCUUAUGUUCUUGAGCAACUGGAUCCUACAAGAGUUUCCACCCAAGAGAGCAACGAGAGAACAAUAGCAGAGUUUUAUAAAAAGGUGAUGAAAGACACAUCAACUGUUGCUUUACAAGCUGUAAAUCAGUUGAUUGGAAACGGUGAAGCGUUUUUGGAAACUCUUUCAAGUUUUCUUGAGCUAAGUCCUUAUAAACCAGCAGGCACUUUUGUCUUCUCUACAGAGAAAAGAUUGGUUGCAGUGAGCAACUCAGACGCCAUUCUUCAAAUGUUGUCUUACACUUGUCAGUCCAAGGACGACCAAGAAUUGUCUCUAAUUCCAUUUCAAAGCAUUAGAGAUCACCAUGGCUAUGAACAACUGGUACAAUCAAUUGGGAAUAAGUUGUUUAAUCAUUUGAACAUCCAUAACUUGUCUUUGGAUGACGAAAACUCGCUCAACGACCUUGGAGUGAGCACAAGAGGAAGACAAUGCGUUCGUGCUGCACUAGAGGCUGAGAAGCAACGGGUAGAAAAUCAGAAGAAGAUAGAAGCCAAAAGAGGUAAAAUAGAAGAGAAACUAACUUGGAUAGAGAAGGAAUACAAGCCAAAGUGUCAAGCUCAUAAAAACGGGUAUUACGAUUCCUUCAAAGUUUCAAAUGAAGAGAAUGACUUCAAAGCAAACGUCAAGAGAGCUGAGUUAGCUGGUAUCUUUGACGAGGUGCUUGGUUUGGUGAAGAAAGGCCAACUUCCAGAUGGAUUCGAGGCAAGCAAAAACUGGGUCGAUUUAGCAACUAGCUACCGCAGAUUAAUUGAACCUCUUGAUAUUUCAAACUACCAUCGCCAUUUAAAGAACGAAGACACAGGGCCGUACAUGUUAAGAGGACGACCAAACCGCUACAUAUAUGCCCAAAGAGGACAUGAACAUCAAAUUUUCAAGCCAUACGGAAUGGUUGGAAAAGAUGUGUUUUGGAGCAAGGUAAAUGAUUUUAACUUAGGGUCACUACCACAAAUGCAAGAGAUUCUAAAGAUAUCAGGGUCCGAGUGUGGAUCAUGUUUUUGGGCCGAGGUCGAAGAACUCAAGGGAAAGCCAUAUGAGGAAGUUGAGGUAAGAGUCAAGACAUUAGAAGGGCUGCUUGAUGGAUGGAUCCAACACGAGGAAGUAGAUAAAAAAGAAAUAUUUCUAGAGGGUUCAACAUUUAGAAAAUGGUGGAAUACACUUCCCGACAAUCACAAAUUAUUUUCUCCGCUGCGAGAGCUUAUGAUGUAAACAAGACCUACCUGAACCUUAAGUGGUCGGUCAAUUAGUUGAGCCAUUGGAACACUUGCUUCUUAAUUUGUGCAAUAAGAAAUGUAAUAGCUCUCUAUUAUAUUGUUUGUCAAUCUGAUUUCCACUUCAUGAUGAUCUUAGAAUACGGAAUAUUUUCUAUGAUCAUUGUGACGUAAUGUAAUAUAGCUCUCUAUUUUAUAUCAAA